CCGAGAAGGAGGACGAUGCCAUGUGGCGGAGAGAACGAUACACUACACGAGACACAUCUUCCCCGACUUCGAGAGACUUUCGGAUCUGUCGCGUCUGGUCCGAAGACCGCCUCGGUUAGUCACGCCGGAUACUCAGGGAAGGAAGUCGUGCUGUUUAGGAUCGACCCUCAUUUUCGAUCUGGAAUUUCUUUUUCACAUCGAGAUAUUCAUUUUUUUGGAAAAUCGUCUCGGUCCUUCUCGCUUGUUAUCGGAAUAAAAGUGCGUGAUCAUCGGUUCGAGAUAUUGGUACCAAGAUCGGUAUCUUGUGUCUUUUGUAAAAGAAUUUCCCAAGACUUCAGCUUCAAAAAUCUGUCGUCUCUUGCGGUUCGUGACUAAGAUUGCUCUGGUCAUCCGAUAUAUACGAAGAAAACGCGCUAAAGUGAAUUGAGUAAACUCGAGUAACGAGUGACGAAGUAGGAAUCUGUCCAGUGGUUUUAGCGAAUCGGAGCGGAAGAUUUCACCGUCUCUGGAACAAAACCUGCCGGGACCGAGUCGGAACAAAGUUAAUGAGCGAGUUGAAGGAAGAGGAGUUAACGAAUAUAUAUCGCGAAAACGCGACCGCGUUCUUGCUGAGACCAGCGAUUCGUUAUUCUUUCCCGGAAAAGAAACGACGGCUAAAUGGGAUAGAGAAAAGAAAACGCUGUCGCGACUUCGACAUCGGUCAGCUUCAUCUUCGAUUAAUUUCUUCAUCCGCAUUUUAACCUCUAGGAAAAUCGUAUUUCCUAAAUCGCUCGAUUUUUCACGGACCCAAGCGAUGAUUUGAUGGAAGAUCUGAUGAUGCCGGUGAUUGUAUACGUGAAGAUACACACGUCGCUCGAGAGAGAAACUUGGAUCAAUUAAAUUAGACCGUCGUAGGAGGCAACUUCACUCGUGAUGAGGUCGCGCGAGGUCGAACACGUGGACGAUCGGUGCGUUUUCGCUUCGAGCGACCUGGUACUGUGACAAUUCAAUUUUUCUCCCGACGAAACUCCGUGAAAUGAUGACCCUCGUGACGGACGCGGUGCCCUACGCCUACGAAGCGACCGCCAGGUCGCCCUACGACGGUUACCGUCAUCACUUGCACCACCACCACCACCAUCAUCAUCAUCAUCCGCAUCCCCAUCGGUAUCGGCGGGUCUACGCGCCGACGGAGUCCGAGUAUCUGCAGGAAGGAUACAUCUCCACCCAUGUGGACACGGAUGACCGCGCGAGGCUUAUCGCCAAUAAUGCCUCGGCGUCAGCUGGCUUGAAUUAUCGCGGUGACCGAGUCAGGUUGCAGUCUCGCUACGCUCUCGACUCGGACGAUGCCUCGUCAGUGAUAUCGGCAGACGCUUCGGCCGACCUAGAGUCCGGCUCGGCGGACGCCGACGAGACGAACGAGACCAGCGAGACGAAUGAGGCGAACGAGAGCGAGUCGAUCGAGCACGUGCCGCAUCCGCACGUUUUGGACGCCGGCUCGCCGCACGGUCCUCGCAGAUGCCUCCUGUGGGCCUGCAAGGCGUGCAAGAAGAAGACGGUCACCGUCGAUCGCAGGAAAGCCGCCACUUUGCGCGAGAGACGGCGCUUGAGAAAGGUCAACGAGGCCUUCGAGGUCCUGAAGAGACGAACGAGCAACAAUCCUAAUCAGCGUUUACCGAAAGUGGAGAUACUGCGGAAUGCUAUUGAAUACAUCGAGAGUCUCGAAGCGCUGCUGCAGGGAAAUCGACCCUCCGGACAUCAGGAUCAUCCUUCCACCGAGAACAUGAAUGGAGAGUCGUCGCAGUACGUGACGGACAGACUUCGGCAAUUUUCGGAUCCUUUGGCGAGGUUUCAACCAAUCAACGGUUUCGAGCAAACUGAGCAAGCGUUAUCCUCGCAAAAUAAUGGGAGCAGCUUGGAUUACCUUAGUAUGAUUGUGCAAAACAUUAAUGGACCGUUGCAAUCAUCAUCCGAGAAUCAUUAUUCACCGCAUCAUUGAAAUUGUACAAUAUCGAGAUUUGUUGAUCCCUCUUUGGAUCAAGCCUUCCUUCUUUUACGCCGAUAAAAUGUAUAUUACUCAACUUUCAAUUUAAUAUGCAUAUAUUAUAUUAU